AUGAGUGCUUCGGAAUUGAAAAAUUUAAUUUUAUGUUUUGGUUUAUUAUUCGGCCACUUAGUACCUGAAGGCAAUAAGCAUUGGUCAUUUUUUUUAUCACUUAGGAAAAUUGUGGACAUGAUUUUAUCUGAUUUUGUUUCAACAAAAUUAAGUGAAGACUUGGCUAUGCUAAUACAACAGCAUCAGCUAUCGUAUAUGGAGUUAUUCAAACAACAUUUGAAGCCAAAAUUUCAUAUUCUCACACAUUACCCAUCUCUAAUGAUUAAAGUGGGCCCUUUAAAAAAAAUAAUGACUUUAAGAUACGAAUCAAAACACCGCAGUUUGAAAUUAUUAGCUAAUGUAAUUUCGUCCAGAAUUAAUAUAACUUAUAGUUUAGCCAUCAGGCAUCAGUUAGAUAUGGCUUCUAGGCUUAUAUUAAAUAAUGGUUUUGAGAACGAUAUUUCUUUUUCUAAACGCCAUAGUGCCAAUUCUGAUUUUAUUGCUUAUUGUAAAGAGGUAGCUGAAAAAUGA